AUUUCGCGCAGCAUCAGCAGAAAACAAAAGUCGUACAGUUCGCACUUAUCGCAGUUCGCCGGAGGGCGGAGAUUCACAACAAUUCACAAUCGAGAGGGAAAAGCAGAGGAGGACAUUGCAGUUAUUCAGAAGUUAUUAUAUUACGAAACGCGAUAUCUCUGACGAGAUUUGACAUCAAGUAUUAGGACUAAACAGAGCUAAAAAGUAAAUAUGGGACGAUUACGUUGCUUCGAUAUUACGAGCGUUGCCUUUAUCGGAAUGUUAUUCUUCGCCGGAGUUGCGGAAGAAGCGACGGGUCAAGAUGCGAUAACGUCGUUGGAAUCGAACGUAUUGGACCUCAUCGGGACGAACAGUGAAUAUAAUAUGAAAACGUAUGAUAAUGGUUGCAAAUGCAUUAAACAUAACUGUGGAUGCUGUAAGCAUUUAGAAUGGGAUGCAAUCUCUAUGGACGGAAAGUUAUGCAUAAAUGCAACUUAUUUAGAGAACGACUAUGGAGUCUCGCUCACAGUGACUUAUAACAACUUUACGGUUUAUAACGAGACAGUUUCAGCUCGAAAUCCACCGCCUAUUUGCUUCGGAGAAGACAUUGUAGACGCGCUGGACGUUGAAGUUUGCUUGCGUAUUUACGAUAUAAACUAUAAAUCCGAUGACUUUCACGCAUGCUUCGAGAUUACAGGAAGGAUAAUGAAACUUACAAUUUCUAAAAUAAAAUUAGGUUGCAUCCAAGCUGAAUUACGUAAGAAAAUAGAAUAUAUAGAAAAUAAGUUGUCACCAUUUAAAAUGACAGAAGAUACACUACCCAGUGUAGUCAUGGUGUGAAUAAUGUACCGAACAGUGAAUCUUCAUAUAAACUAAGUAACGUAACAUCAAAUUUAUUUCAAAGACAAUCUAAGUAAUAUAAGUUUCUUUUAUUUUCAUGCUAUGUCAUAA